GUUUUUCUUUUGGCAAUGCAGAGUGACUCGUAUCGGGCAACCGGUUGUUACAACCUUCUUUGUGUUGGCUUUAUUCAAACGAAUAGCAGAAUAGCCAUUGGAGCUGCCAUUUCUCCUGUCUCUUCUUAUGAUGGCAACCAAUAUGACAUCACAAUCCUCAUUUGGAAGGAUCCAAAAGUGGGGAAUUGGUGGAUGAGUUUUGGUGACAACACAUUGGUAGGGUAUUGGCCCGCAGAGUUAUUCACACACUUAGCAGACCACGCCACGAUGGUGGAGUGGGGAGGAGAGGUUGUAAAUUCCCGGACCAACGGCCAACACACCUUUACCCAAAUGGGCUCUGGACACUUCGCCGAGGAUGGUUUCGGAAAAGCAAGCUACUUCCGGAACCUUCAGAUCGUAGACACGGAUAACAGUUUGAGUUCUGUGCAGAGCAUCUCAACCUUGGCCGAAAACACAAACUGUUACGACAUCAAGAGCUACUACAGCAACGAAUGGGGCACUUACUUCUACUAUGGUGGGCCUGGGAACAAUCCUCAGUGCCCCUGAUUAUAAACUAUAUACAACGUAUAUAUAUCAAUGUACUUCAGUUUCAAACAAUCCUUCUACUCUAAAUGUUUCAUUCUUUCAUUGUACGUAAUUAUAGAAUUAAUAUUGUGCUAUAUAUUUCCAUUCUUGUUUCUACCA